GUUUCGAGGUGAACUCUUGUGCACAUAUGCAUAUAACACUCGAGCAGUACUCUGUGCAAUUAGUUUAUUGAGCAAAAACGACAACGAGCAGCUUAAAGUAGACCUGCCAAACAGCAAACUCAUACACUGCAAACUGUCCUAUUCGCUCAAACAAAAAAGCAUUAGCUUACUGAAAAACUGAGGAGUAAAAUCGGUGACUGAAUUUUCCAUAGGUUCGUGCCACUGUGGGAGUGACGCAACGGAUUCUAAUGUAAUUUGAUUCCCCAACAAAUGAGAUUCACCGAUUUGGGGGAACAACUGGGAACAAGAUGGCUGUCUGAAAACGAAGAGUUUGUUUUGCUUCUUUGUAAGCAACUAUAGAUUUUGGGAUUGUUAAUCAGAAAAAUAUCUUUUUAACUGCUGGUAUUAUAUUUACGCAGUUGCGAAGACGCUUCAAGAUCCUCUAAAAAGUUAAGUUGAAUUUAGGUUGUUUCAUGCUCAAUCGAUGCAGUGUUAUGCCUAUAGCAUAGCAUUACAGUGAAGCGAAAUUACUGUAAUUGUUUUGAGUAUUUCACACUUGCUUCAAAUAGGUAGUUUAAACUUUGUUUUCUAUGGGGGGAGUUACACAGCGUCUGUAAACGUGGGUUGGGGAGUCUAUCUGAGUCUGUAAACGUGGGUUAGGGAUUCUAGUUAAUCUAGGCUACUACCUUAGCACCAAAGUUCAGAUUGUACUAAAACAAACCAUGAGUUCCCCCCGAAUCAAAACGAAUCAGUCACAAAAUCAGAGUGGCCGGUCAACAGCGGACGCCGCGGGUGUGUCUUUGCCGCAUAGACUAGAUCCAAGCGAGGGCAUUGAGAUGGAGAGAAUACAUCAUCCGAACUUGGACCCUGGAGCAACUCCGGGGACGCCAUCACCCCCUACCUCAAGCUCAAGGCAAGCCUGGAGCCGUGACAACCCAGGGUUUGAGCCCGAAGAGGAGAUGAUGGAAUCGGACUGGCCGCCGGCGAGUCCUGGCCGAAGAUCCGUGUCCACGGGUUCGAGUAGCAGUGGGAGCAGCGGUCUUGGGAGCUUCACUGGGGGUAGCAGUACGCGGAUACACAGGGGACUUUACCCAACACCUAUUGUGGAUGUCCCCCAACAAGAGAGGCAUGAUCACCGUAGUUGUGGAAAGAGGAUUCUUGAAAAAAUAAGAAUUCUGUGGGGUACACGGCUUCUAGAGGACAGUGAUAGUAGCAGAGAGAGAUACCUGAAGAAUGUUCUCCGCGAGAUGAUGACCUACAUCGUCUUCCUCAUCACUCUCUGCAUUUUGACAUAUGGGAUGGUGAGCACCAACAUGUACUUUUACACCAAAGUAAUGUCUCAGCUCUUCCUGGACACACCAGUAGCCAAUGGAGAUCCAACCUCAUUUAAAAGCAUCUCUUCCAUGGAUGACUUCUGGAGGUUUGCAGAAGGGCCCUUUCUCAAUGGCAUGUAUUGGGAGGUGUGGUAUAACAACAAGACCCUUCAGGAGAACCAGAGCCUCAUUUACUACGAAAACCUCCUGCUGGGGGUUCCACGUCUUCACCAGGUCAAAGUUCGAAAUGAAUCUUGCACUGUCCAUGAAGACUUGAGGGACAAGGUCCAGGAAUGUUACAGCAUGUACUCUCCUAACAGUGAAGACAAAGCAGCAUUCGGGCUCAAGAAGGGCACUGCGUGGGUGUACUCAGACGAGAGCAGCCUCGGAGGAGGCAGCCACUGGGGGGAGGUGGCCACUUAUGGUGGGGGUGGGUACUACCAGGACCUGUCCCGAGUCCGAGAUGAGUCAGCCAAUCAGCUGAAAGUGCUAAAGGAAAAUCUUUGGUUGGACCGCGGAACCAGGGCAGUGUUUCUGGACUUCUCUGUUUACAAUGGAAACAUCAAUCUUUUCUGCAUUGUCAGACUAGUGAUUGAGUUCCCAGCCACAGGGGGCGCCAUCACCUCCUGGCAAUUCCAGACUGUGCGUCUGAUUCGCUACGCGUCCAGCUGGGACUGCUUUGUUGGGCUGUGUGAAGUGGCCUUCUGCUUCUUCGUGCUCUACUAUGUUGUAGAGGAGGCUCUGGAGAUUCGUCUGCACCGCCUGCACUACUUCAAAAACCUGUGGAACUGCCUGGAUGUCCUCAUCAUCAUACUGUGUGUCCCGGCCAUCAUCAUGAACAUCUGCAGGACCGCCAUGGUGAACAGCAACCUGAAGUACCUCCUGGAGAACCACACCACCUACCCCAAUUUUGUGUCCCUGGCCCGACUCCAGGUGCAGUUCAACAACCUGGCAGCCGUCAUCAUUUUCCUGGCCUGGGUGAAGCUCUUCAAGUUCAUUAACUUCAACAAGACUAUGAGCCAGUUGUCCACCACCAUGUCACGCUGUGCAAAAGACCUCAUUGGCUUUGCCAUCAUGUUCUUCAUCAUUUUCCUGGCCUAUGCGCAGUUGGGUUACCUGGUGUUUGGGACCCAAGUGAAUGACUUCAGUACCUUCCAAGCAUGCAUAUUCACACAGUUCCGUAUCAUUCUGGGAGACUUUGACUUCUCGGAGAUUGAAGAGGCCAAUGGGAUUCUCGGGCCAAUUUACUUCACCUCGUUUGUCUUCUUCAUGUUCUUCAUCUUGUUGAACAUGUUUUUGGCCAUCAUUAAUGACACCUAUUCUGAAGUGAAGACAGACAUGUCCCAACAGCGGUCUGAGAUGGAGAUGAGCGACCUCAUCAAGAAGGGGUACUACAAAGCCAUGGUGAAACUGAGACUGAAGAAAACCACUGUGGACGACAUUUCAGACAGUCUGCGUCAGGCAGGAGGGAAGCUGAAUUUUGAUGAGCUCCGUCAGGACCUCAAAGGAAAGGGACACACAGACGCUGAGAUAGAGGCCAUCUUUGCCAAGUAUGACCUUGAUGGAGACCAGGAGCUGACUGAGCAUGAGCACCAGCAGAUGAGAGACGACCUGGAGAAAGAGAGAGAGGACUUGGAUCUGGAGCGGAGUACACUGCCCAGGCCAAUGAGUGGCCGGAGCUUUUCUCGUAGCCAUGAGGACUCGGAGGAGGAUGAUGACGAGGACAGUGGCCACAGUUCACGUCGUCGUGGGAGCAGCUCUGGAGGCGUGUCCUAUGAGGAGUUCCAAGUCUUGGUGCGGAGGGUUGACCGUAUGGAGCAUUCCAUCGGCAGCAUCGUGUCCAAGAUCGACGCCGUCAUUGUGAAGCUGGAGGCCAUGGAGCGAGCCAAGCUGAAGAGGAAGGAUGUGCUGGGCAGACUGCUGGAUGGAAUGACCGAGGAUGAGCGCACAGGCAGGGACCCUGAGCAGCACAGAGAGCAGAUGGAGAGACUGGUGAGGGAGGAACUGGAGCGCUGGGAGUCAGACGAUACCAUCUCCCAAGUCAGUCACCAGCAGGGCACUCCCAUUAGUCCAGGAGCUCAGCCCCGCCCACGGAGUGCCCGCCCCACCUCCUCACUGUCCACUGAGGGAACUGACGCCGGGGGCAACGUGUGAGACUCCUCCCCCUUGUGAUGCUACAAUGAAGAAUAUGCUGGACCAGGGACCAAAUGAAAGAAAUAGCUCAUUGAUUAUAAUAAUUACAAUAAUUAUGACCAAGAGAAAGAAUUCAAACAGAUGGUCCCUCUACUACUUAGCCAGGCUUAAAUGUUUAGAUACCAACUAGCAACCCGACCCUGGAAUGCUAUUCUUUGUUAAAGUGGAUUCGGAUCUUUAGCACAUAACUUUCAAAGCGAAGAAAAAAAAAACAUUCCUUUCAUUAUAUUGAUCAUGAGGCCAAUGAAUAAUUAUGAACGGACUAGGAUGAAAGGAACAUGUACCAAAAAUAUGGGUUAUGCACACAUAUAGCUCCUGCUCACUGAGUACAACUAUUUCUUCAGUCAAGCUUGCAUUGCUGGCUUAUCUGUGGCACAAAGAAAAAAAGUGCAGUUUGAGCUCAAAUUUUAAUUUCUAUGCCUAAUCUUAUGAAGGAGUCAUGUGUUCACGUCUGUGCAAUACAGAACAGAAGGCAGCAUUGCCAUUACCAAUGGUGUUAUUAAUAGUAUUAUUAUACAAUAAUGAAUGAUGCAGUGUUACAUGAUGACUGAUAUGGUUAUCACGCUAUAUGAUGAAGCAAUUUGCACAACUCCUCAACAUCAGCAAGCACUGAAGACAUGGUGUGAAACUUGGGGAUGAAAAAGCUAAGUGAAGGCACCAUUAGUCUCACUCUACAGAGGAGCAGUCUGUCUGUUAGUCACGCACCUUCUUUGAGUUACACUCAGUAUUGCAUGCAUUUAUCAAGCUUAUGUAGCACAAUCCCAUAUCCAUAUGUAAAUGUCACACGGUGGAAUACAGGGCUGGUUUGGCCCUGAAGACGCAGAGUUUCCUGUGGGUUAUUGUGGGGUGCAUGUCCAUAGUUUGACAAUGCCAAAGUUUGUGUUAUGAUGAAUUUAAAGGGAACUACAGUCCACCUUCACAAUGUUCAUCUGCAUU